UCUGAGAAUAUAGAUGCUGUGAACCUUUAAUUUAUUAGCUCCAGAUACUUAUGAAAUUGCAGAUUUAUGGGAACCAGUAUUCUGCUCUUAAUGAUUCUAGUCUGGGUCUGUCAUUUCCAGAUGAUGCGUAAGGUGAUGCCAACCAUCAGUGAAGCCGAAGGCUCCCCAGGAGGAAGUGGGAGCGAUGCUUCCCGCUCCCCUUCACGGGCAGACGCAGAUUCACAUUUUGAACAGUUGAUGGUCUCCAUGCUGGAAGAAAGGGACCGACUUCUUGACACUCUUACAGAGACUCAAGAAACGCUGGCAUUAACCCAGGGGAAAUUACACGAAGUUGGUCAUGAAAGAGAUUCCUUGCAGAGACAGCUCAAUACUGCACUUCCACAGGAGUUUGCUGCACUUACGAAGGAACUGAAUGAAUGCAGGGAACAGCUUCUGGAAAGGGAAGAGGAAAUUGCUGAACAGAAAGCAGAAAGGAACAACACCAGGCUGCUUUUAGAACAUUUGGAAUACCUUGUCUCUAGGCAUGAGAGGUCUCUCAGGAUGACCAUGGUGAAGAGAGAGGCACAGUCCCCAGCAGGUGUGUCCAGCGAAGUCGAAGUGCUCAAAGCACUGACAUCGUUGUUUGAGCACCACAAAGCUCUGGAUGAAAAGGUGAGAGAGAGAUUACGAGUAGCACUUGAAAGGUGUAGUUUGUUAGAAGAAGAAUUAGGUGCCACACACAAAGAGCUAAUGAUUCUUAAAGAACAGAAUAAUCAGAAAAAAACACUAACAGAUGGAGCACUUGACAUGAACCAUGAACAGGAAAAUACCCCGAGCACGAAUGGAAAGAGAUCUUCUGAUGGUUUGUUAAGCCAUGAGGAGGACCUUGCUAAAGUAAUAGAGCUCCAGGAAGUCAUAGACAAGCAAUUGAGGGAGCAGAGCCAAAUGAAAGAGCACCUGGCUGCCCUCUCCAGUCACGUGGCAGAGCUGGAGGAAGAUCUCUACACGGCCAGGGAAGACUUGAUCAAAUCUGAGGAGAUGAACACGAAAUUGCAACGGGACAUCCGUGAAGCCAUGGCCCAAAACAAAGACAUGGAAGAGAGAAUCACUACUCUUGAAAAACGCUACCUCGCUGCGCAGCGUGAAGCCACAUCUGUGCAUGACCUCAAUGAUGAACUUGAAAAUGAAAUUGCAAACAAAGAUUCUAUGCAUCGACAGACUGAGGAUAAAAACCGCCAGUUGCAGGAACGGCUGGAAUUAGCGGAGCAAAAGCUGCAGCAGACCAUGAGGAAAGUCGAGACACUCCCGGAAGUGGAGGCGGAGCUGGCCCAGAGGGUGGCAGCGCUCUCGAAGGCUGAAGAGAGACACGGCAACAUUGAAGAAAGGUUACGACAGAGAAGAUGCCGAUGGACGGCAGUGUGUCAGGAACAACGCAGGUUGGAUUCUGCCACAGUCAGGACUUACUCCUGCUAAAGCCUCCUGCUGUUUACCCACACUACUUCUGCAGAUGGUUAUGCAGCAUUUUGAAUCCAACAAAGACUACAUUUUAGAAUGCAAUGGAAUCUGUAAUGUUAAUACUUGUUAUAUGGGCCCUAAGAUAUUUUAUUACAGAGUGUUUAAUUAGUGAAAAAUUCAUGAAUACCAUAGAGAAAAUAUUUUAGACUUUAAUGUUUCUUAUAUUUAUGUAAACUUAUGACUCUUCAUUUAUAUAGU